UCAUCUUUUGUUGUGAAAGCAGGCGUUUCUGAAAGGUAUAAUAACAAUAGGAAUAAUAGCAUUGUCAUACGACAGCCGUUUACGAUCUCUUCGUCAGAACUUCUGCAAGUCAUAGGACUGCGCGAUGCCGGGAGCCAAUGAGAUGAGGAUUGUGCUACUUGGGAAAACCGGACACGGGAAAAGCAGCACAGGGAACACCAUCCUGGGAGAGAGGGUGUUUGAAGCCAGGCUGUCUCCACGCCCUGUAACACAGGCAACACAGAGGGAAGAAAGGGUAGUCAAUGGGAGAAAUAUUGUUGUGGUUGAUACCCCAGGCUUCUUUGAUGCUGGUAUCACAGAGAAAUCAUUAAGGCGCGCUAUAGUGACGUGCAUUACUUAUUGCGCUCCCGGCCCCCACGCCUUCCUCAUUGUGUUAGGUGUACAUCGAUACACCCCUGAAGAAAGAGACACGAUCCGGCAGAUCAGGAGAAUUUUUGGAAAGAAGGUCUUGGAGUACGCUGUGGUGCUUUUCACACGUAAAGAUGAUCUCCAACGAGAGGGGCUCACCAUCGAGGAGUUUGUGGCAGAGGAUAACGAUCUAUCUGCGCUGGUCAAUGUGGCAUGUAGAGGCAGGUACCACUCGUUCAACGCCACAGAUAUGGGAAAUCGGGCCCAAGUCCUAGAGCUACUGAGGAAGAUAGAUGUCAUGGUGAUGCAUAAUGGAGGAGGCUGCUACACUAACGAGAUGCUGGGAGCAGUACCACUGCUACAGAGCUUAAAGGAUAUAUGGCGCUUCAUUGAUGCCCUGCUAAUAGAAUUAGCAGGGAUGGGAACGGGGGCGCUGCUUGGAGCAUUUUAUGGAGUGAUCUGA